AUGGGGAUGCUCGCCAUCCUAUAUCAGACGGCCCAGGAUUGCUACGACAGCGUGACAUCUAAAACGCCGGGAACCUCGAGUAGGAAGGAAGCAGCUCAACAAAGGAUCAAGGAGCUGGAGGAGUUGGGGUUGCUCCUCAUUCGGUACAAGAAUAAAGUCAACCUCGACAAACCGGAUAGACAGCGUGUUUAUCGCCAGAUGGACAAGUACAACAUGAUUGCCGACAAGCCACAGGAACUGUCGUACGUCAUCAGUAGGACGCAGGAGGAGCUCCAGAAAGAGUACGACAAGCUGAAGAAGAUCAAGUUCAAGACGGAGAUGUACGGCCACAACCGCAUGUUCGAGUUGUACAGAGGACACUUCUACAGAAUGUUGGAGAAGCAGCAGAACGUGGACGAAACGGCGAUAAACGAGGAAGCGCUGAAGGAAUACUGGGCGCAAAUGUGGGUAAAGCCGAAAGCACCGGACAACGGUUCGCAAUACCUGGUGGAACGACCGCCGGCACAAUCUGUGACGGGCUUUCCCACAUUCGAGGAAUUCUUAAGGAUCCUCAAGAAGAUGCCGGAUUGGAAGUCGCCCGGGGUGGAUGGGAUAUAUACCUACUACAUCAAGUGGCUCCGUCUCUGCACAGAGUCACUUACAGGCUAG